AUGGAAACCCCAGAAAUGAUACCAAACAGCAACGAUGAAUCAAUUCCAGUUUGUUACAAAUCAACCAUGCUGAAUAAAUCAGUUGAAAUUCCUGGGUGAAAUAACAGGCUGCUUCAAAAAGACUCUCAUGCUUUUUCUGAUGAAGAAUUUCCUCUGUCCUCGCAGAUUCCUGCAAGUACAGAAGAACAAAUGGCUGAAAUAAAUCCUGAAGAAGUUUCCCAGUUACUAAAAGAUAUUGAUACCAGCAGUAUGAAUUUUGUAGACCGCAUGGUUUUUGAUAUAAAUCGCAAAACCUUGCUCCAAAAAUCAAUGUCGCAAUAUAAUGAAACACAAAGUAGGUCCUCGAUUACCAAGAAAACUGAAGUUUUUGAUAGGCUUUUAGAAGAUGUAAAUAGAAGAAUUAAAAUUAAAUCACAUCUCAAAGCCUACACAGAAAUGGAAGAGAAAAACCAAAUUAGCCAGUCAAUCAAGAAAAUACCAAAGUCAAUGGCUGACAAAGUGUACCAAAGGUUGCAAGAAGACAUAGAAAACAGGAGAUUUGUGCAUGAACAGAGGGAAUUGAUGAAAAAACAAGAAGAAGAAUCUGUAGAUCUCAAAAGAGAUAACAGACAAAUCAACAGAUCCCAAGCCCGAGAGCUGAUACAAAGACUUACAUGUAUUUCUUAUUUAGAUGAUGCACGAAGAAGACUUGGAAAAUUAGAAAAAAAGAAAAGAGAUCAGGAAAAACUCGAAGAAGAGUCUUUAAUUCAAAUUGUAAAAGCAAGGCAUCCUACUAGGCCUCUGGACCCUGAAAUAGAAGAACGUUUAACUUCUGAAAAGAAAAUAAUUGAAGAGUUCUAUGGGCGACCUGGCCAGCCAAUAUUCCAAGAAAGUUCUCCAAUGAAGAGAAAAUUCACAUUAAAAGAGGCACAAGAAUCUGGAAAGCGCUUAAUGAACGCUCGAUCUCCCACCAAGAAAAGGGAGCAAGAUGAAAAUGACCAUAAGCCAAGAACCAGCACUCCUUCUAAAUAUAAGAAUGUUAAGCCAAGAUAUGGGGUUUCAGUUUUUAAUAGAAGCAAAUCAGUGUCAAAUAUAAGAGCAAACCAAAGCUUUAUAUCUUCCAGUGGAAGUGUGAAUACCAAUAGUGAGCUAAAAGACCUGAUCAAAGUUGCUGACCAUGCCCUUCAAACCUUGCUUGACAAAAACGAAGCAAAAGAAAGCAUGAUUCGAUAUUCAUAUGAUCCGCAGCCAAAUCCUCCAGUAAACAGAGUCCCAUUAUUAAAGCUGCAUUCUGUUGAUUGCCCUCCACAAGAUAAACCUUUUACAAACGCUUCCACUCUCGCUAGCCUAGCAGUAGCCUCAUCACUUUUGCAAUCCAAAAAUAAUUCUAUGGGCGAUUUUGAUUAUGCUCCUACAAAGACGCCUAGCUUUGAGCCUUUGCCUGUAAGAUUGAAAAGUCAAAAUUCGCAGUAUGAGAAUAAAGAUGAUUAG